ACGGCCCCAGCCCAUUGGCCGAGAUGCCGGAGCCAAUGAGAAGGCGCGGUGUUGGCGGGGUCAUAAGAUGGCUGCCGGGCGGCCGGCUCCUGACGGAAGAAAAGAUGUGGAGUGGGCUGCUACCUCCUGGCCUAAAUGAAAGUGAUAUUGAGUUGAAUUCUGAAGAUGAAGCCCCAUUAAAGAACUCUGGACUUAACUUACAGGAAGAUAACGAAGAUGGGGCCAUUACAAAAACAGAGAUCUCAGAUUUCCCUACAGAUGGACCAAAACCCGACGUGGAGGCAAAUGUAAACGCCUAUGAAGAGUGCCCCUCUGGAGUUCCCUUCAAUAUGUGGAAUAAAUUUCAAGAAUUGCAUAAAAAACAUUCUGAACAGAAAAGCUCAGCAUCAGGAUUCAGAAGAAGGAAAAGAAAACGCUCCAGGAAAGGUAAAUUGAAGAAUGAAGAAGAGUCUCAAAGUGCCCAGACCUCAAGUGAAGCCCAGUGGAAGGAGCUUACUCAGUAUUUUGGAAUCAAUGAUAGGUUUGACCCCCCUGUUAAAAAGAAAAAAAUUGACAAGUCCGGCCUUGAAAAGAGCAUCGACCAGGCUGUGGAAGAGUGGGACAUCGAGAAGGCGGAGGAACUCAGCAACCAGCUGGCCACGCGAGAGCUUGGUGUGAAAAUUGCUAAAGCGGUUGCCUGCCACAACUUUGUAAAAGCCAAACGGGAUGCUGAAAAUUCACAGGUUGCUCGAAAAAAGAAGAAGCUUGCCUGGGGGUUUGAAGCAAAGAAGAGAUGGGAAACCAAGAGCAACAUGGGAUAUAUGUAGCUUGCCAGCGUUCCUCAAGGCAUUUGAGUCUUCACUUGGGCUUUUCUUUGAGUCUUCAGCUGCUCAAUUGACUGAGAAGAUACUCCUGUCGAUGUUAACUGUGUCAGGGAACUGCCAGAAGCCAGAAACAUAAGCAUAAAAUGUGGGGUUUGGUUAUUAAACCUUUUUAGUCUUUUUCUAGAGAGUUCAUUCUGUUGACACGAAUGAAGCGGAGCAUUCUGUUAUUUGUGCACGAAAUCGAAGUAUACGUACCAGGAAGAAAGAUAGGAUUUUUUUAAUUAUUUAUUUAUGUAACCCUCCAGCAUAAAGUCAGUUUUACUUUUCGUCUGUUUGGUGUAGCAUAGUCAGUGAGCUCCUCGUACUUCCUUAUCUGUCCCCAGCGUACCUGUACUUCGUCUGCAGUUGUGUUUGUAAGAUUGGCAUUUGUUUACGAAGGAUUAGUCGUAAGUGCGAGAACGUCUCAACCGAUACUUUCACAGAUGACUUGAAUUAUCUUAAUAUCAUAAAAGUAAUUAUUGGUUCUUUAUUGGAGGGAAUAGAGUUGAUAUUUCCCAAUCAAAUGAUGAAAGCAAUUGAUUAAUUUUUGUAUACCUUGAGAUAAAAUACCAUAAUUUUAAGAAGGGCAGAAAGUAGUAUUUGGAGGAGGAUUUAACUUUAGCUCGGCCUGGAAAUGUCCUCCUAAAUAUCUCUCUCAGCCUUGUUGUUCCUUAAAUUGUGAUACGGCUCUUAGGAGAGAAAAUGGCACAACCGUACUAGCCAGUUACGACUACCUCCAGACGGUAUAACUUGGAACCUUCCAGGAACAUAGUUUGAUUAUUUUUACUCCUCUUCCCCAUUCCUUCUUAAAAGGUUCGAUGUGUUAAUGAGGGUGAGGUGGGUCGGUGCCGGGGGAAGUAGUUGUUCUUAGAUGUGUGUUUCAUAGGCCUUCCUAGAGGGGCUUUGAGAAAUCCCGUAAGAAGCUGGCAAAUAGGCCUGGACGUUGGCUGGUUUGGCCCCUCCCUGCCCAGCGCUUAGAAGAGGGAAGAAUUGCCCAUCGCAGCUUUCGGCCGUUCACCUGCCUUCCUCAGCCUCCGCCAGAGGUUUUCUAGCUGUCUGGUGUAAACUUCCUCGGGGUUGAGAAUAUAAAUUCAGGAACACAGAAAAUGAGUCAUGAUGAUCGUUUCAUUAUUAUUACUUUGUUAUUUUUAGGCUUACAGUAGCAACAAAAUUUUCAUAACUUAUGGUAGCAUGUUUAAUGUUUUUUCUGUGUUCUGGAAUAAGUCAAUAACCAGUUGGUAUUUAAGAGAAUAAAAAUCCUAUCUUGCUUCUGCUUCGGUGAGAAAAGCCAGUAUGGAAAAAGCAAGAUUUUAGGAGGUUGUGUUUCUGCUUACAGAAUUCAUCACGAAAAGGUGUCCCAGGCCAAAUACUGGAAAAUCUCACGUUUUAUGAUUUAAUAUCUCCUGUUGCGUUUACCCACGACAUUACAUUUCAAACUCCUAAUAGGUGAAUACAGGCUGACGGUAUGGGAAUCUUUUCCCUAAAAUAAUCCAUCGUGGGGGACGUGCCGUUACACGGUUCGGUGUUUUGUCUGAAACAGGAAGAAGCUGUUGUUGGGCAGGCGGGUGGGGUAGACGUUUGGGCACACCGGGCCCGGAGACAGCAUCUCCCUGCAGCCUCUGCCUCAUUUUCCUUCUCCUGUGUCCCCUUCUUGAGAGCAUUUAGUGACCCUUGCAGGCAUGUUUUUACCUCUGCUCAUGCUGAGGCCUUGCCGGAGUGGCCUCUCUGGGGGCCGAUCAGGGAGCCUGUGACCCGAAGUCCAGCCACUGCAGCCCUUCUUCAGCCUGUCCCUCGCUGACAAUUGCCCUGCCCCGCCCUGCCCCGGGGCUCGGACACACACGGAGCAUUUGAACCCGGUGAAGGCACCUUGGUGGAAUCGGAUAUAGCAGCGGACUCAUUCGAUGAGGGGAGCCGCAUCUCAUAAGUCUCCAUUUUUGGGGGGACCAGGUUUGUGAAAAGCUCUAAAAUGUGGUACAGCAGGUGGAGUGGGGGUAAGAGAGGGGUUCGGGGGAGAGGAAGGGGCUGGGUGUCUUUGAUUGACCCUGCUGACAUGUCAUUUGGGACCAGUUUUAUUUUACCAGCUUUAAUUUGAAUUAGACAUUUUGCUCAGUAAAGCAAUAAAAUGGGAACAUUAUUCUUAGAGCACCCAUGUUGCCCAAAAAGCAUAGUCAUUUGUCUUCUCCAUCUGUCCACAGUGAAAUGAGGAUUCUUUUUGGAUCAGUAAUAACUUCAGUUCCUGAAGCUUCAGCAUGUGCGUUUACUACUGCUCGAGUGCCUGAAUUAGAUGAGGGGUGUAAACGUCAGUUAUUGUUAACCGAGAUUAAUAUGUUUCAAGUCGUUGGUAUGGCAUUAACGUAACUAUGAUUUACUGUUUAAGUACUUCAGGCUAAAACAACUUACUAAGGAACAGUAAUUUUGAGUUUUAUAGCGCUGGUUCUGAGAAGUAAAGUUGGUAGUGUGUUAUUGUUGGGAGCCCUCAGGAUGUUUCUGAUUUUCAGCAGAACAUUCUAUUUCUUUCACCAAAAGGAGAGUUUGGAUGUAUAAUCUCAGGUUUGCUAUAAUUAGUUCUGAUGACAGAGUUAAAUACCUUGGCCAAAACUGUAAAUCACUAGUUAAACAGGUUUCUGCAACUGAUCAUAAAUCUCAAACUCCGUAUUUUAAGCACACUUGGUUUUUGUUUUUUUGUUUUUUUUUUUUUUAGAGAGACAGCUACGGGAGGGGCAGGCCAGGGGUGGGAAUAAAAUGUUAUCUGAACUUUGAGUAACAGCCUAGAACCUCACAUUUAAAAUCUACUGAUUUCCCUGAUACCUUUGGUCUAAAAUGCUCUCUUUUCAGUAUUUUAAUAACAUAGCUUAUUGUUUACGCUAAGACAAGUUUGAGUUUAAUUCUUAAAAUAUGAAAGUUAAUUUUCAAAAUGUCCAAAUUUCUGUUUGUUAGGUAAAGAUACCACUGUUUUAGAAAUGUUAUGUCCUGCUAACCUAUAAAAAGUACCAUAUGAGGUUGAUAUUUGAGUAAGAUGCCAAUUGUGUGUGUGUUUUUUUAUGAGAUAAGGCUUGGGGGAAACAAGGUAAUGUUAUGUCAGACCUCAUUUUGGAAAAUUAGCUUCGUGAAACCCAGUAGUCAAAUUCAGAACCAACUGAAACAAUUCAAGUUUUUCCAUGUUGGCAGAAGUUGCUUUUAUUUUUAGUAUCUGGCAGAGCAACAAAUGCUUUGCAUGUCAAUUUAAUAUUUUUUCAAGCCAACUGUUUAUUCAUUGGCUUAAAAUUUACACUCUACUAAAAGUCUUAGUCCUGACUUUCAUGAAACAAAUAGUAAUAUUUGGACAAAAUAUGUACACGAAAAUCUUUUUCCAAAACCAAAUGUAGAUUGGUAUUUGUGGCAUCAGGGCCUUUUAACAUGGUAAUGGAUCUGAAAGCACUUUGAAAGUCUAAAGCAUUAGAAA